CGGCUUUGUAUAUAUCUUGACAUUCGGGUAACAAUUAAUGUCCUGGAGAAAUACUGAAUGGACUCGUCCGUAUGCCUCUUGUGAGGAGUUGGAGCUUCCAUCGGGAUUACUAAUACCCCAGAGCCAGAAAAUGCACAUUUUUAUAAAUCAAGCACUCUACAAAAUGAAUUGUUAUGAGAAUGCAACGCCUAGGAUGAGUGCAAGUGAUGGUAAGCUCGAGUCCACAUAUGCUUCAAAUCUACCGAUAGUGGACUAUUCUUGGGCCCAAUUCACCCGACAUUAUAGCAAGGGAGGUUUUGAAUAUAGCGUGGUUCCCAUAAUAUACUCGGUAUCUGCCCUGGCAGUUAUCACUUGGUUUUUGACUAUUUUCAUAUUAACCAGUUACACAAUAAAGUCCUCAUUACUACUAAAAUCAUCAACCAUAUUGUCGUCAAUAUUUCUUAUGAUUGUUAUGAUUAGAGGAAUCUAUGAGUUAGACUUUGAACAAAAAAAUGGCUAUUUAUCAGGACUAGGUUUCCUUGAUACCCUUAAUAAUUCCCUAUACCUUAAGAUAUUUGACUUCUUGUCGGUAUUGCUAUUACAAAUUAAUCAGGUACAAGUCAUCAUGAGAUUGUUUUCAAGACAGAAUGAUAAAAGACUCAUAUUACUGCUUGGAUUGACAGCUAGUCUUUCGUCUCAAAUAAUUUGGGCAAUCUCUAAGUUCCAUGAUUUCGGUUCUUCAAGUGAAACAGGUUACAUUUUGCCAACCUUCAUCUAUUUGACAAGAACUUCUAUGGCAAUUUGCUAUGCAUCUUUGAUUACGGUGUUUUUGAUAUUGAAAUCGAAUGACAUUAUAGCCCAUCGAAACAUUUGGCUUAUCACCGUCCUCACAUUGAUCGUCAUUUGUGGACCAGUAGCUUUCUUUGUUGCUGAUGUGGCAAAUGCAUUUGUGUAUGAGCUUUCUGAUAUUUUUUCAGUGGUUACAUACGUUAUAUGUGUGGUCAUUCCAUGGGAAUGGUGUAAUAGGUACAAUAUGAUCAUGCGAAUGAAGGAAAAAGAAGGUGUUCUCGGAAGGCGAUUCUUCGAAGACGAAUUUUACCAUCUCGAUGGGCUUGAGUUAUUCGUAGAGGAUUCUGACCCGGAAAAUGAUAAUAAUGAAAAUCAAGCUGGAGAUUCCCAAAAUAGAGGUAAGAGAGAAGGUAGGUAUGUCUCCUUACAAAAGAAAGUUAGUCGGCUUGAUGACCCACCUACUACUCUAAUGAACAUGUGGGGAAAGACCACUCUGGCCUUUGUGGGUAUAGCAGAUGCUAUAAUUGCAACUGGUUUUGCAAUCCCUCGGUCUGUAAGUGUUCCGAGUGCUUCUGGCUCGUACAAUAAUAAUAAUGACCAUAGAGACCCUGAGACAAUCCCCUUGGACGAUUUGACCUCUGGUACUUAUCCCGCCGCUAUAGUGGGAGUAGAACAUCAAGCACGUACCUUGGAUAUUAACACAAGAAACAGAAGAGAUAUUUUUGUGUACUCCACAAAACAAGUUACUAUCAAUUUUAGUGACGAUGACGAAAAUAAUGACAAUCACAUCAACUACCAGAACCAUAACAACCAUGAAAGGUUGCGAUAGGAACUCUUAUGUACAAAAUUAUAUAAUUCUAUUAGAACUUUUAUGGAAUUGGUUGCUGUUGAUAAUGAAUACAAAUACCCUUGGAUAGUCAACUAAAAUGAACAUGUAAUAAAAGCUUGAACUGACCUCUAUUUGGGUAGUGGGUAGAACAGAUUAAAUAUUUCAUUAGAAGUGAGAAUCUUGCAAUACCUAAAAAUAAAUUAUAAUACCCUAUGCAAAACUUAUCCGCAUCCAUUACUCCUUCCUCCUUGUGGCUGGUCAAUCCUUAUCUUUUACCCAUUAUUCUCUACUCACCCCC